GGGGAGGACAAAAGCUUGCGAAGAGCAGGCAGGGAGAGUCUUCCUGUUUGUUUCUCAGCAGCAGCCGCAGCAGCAGUACCGUUAGUUCCCUCUGAGUGUUUUCUGUAGGAUCAAUGUGAUCCAGCUUUUCUGUAGACUCAGGAAAACUAUCUUCAACAUUCAGCAGCCUUUCAUCACUGAAGGUCAAUAGGUACAAUACACCCUCUACUGAUUGCAUCAGGAACUUUAUUUCAUGAUGAGUGUGUCCCAGACAAUGGAGACAGAGGAGGAUCUCCUGACUUGUCUCCACAUCAAGCUUUACAACCCUCAGCAGAAUUGUAAGGGCCUGUACGGGCUGCUUCCUCUGGGGAACAGGAGCAAACACUCAGCAGAUGAUCCCCUCAGGCUGGGACGUGACGGCCAGGCCUGCACCUACGCCCUGGUUGAUGCCCGGGUGUCCCGCAAACAGCUGGGCAUCCACGCUUACCGCACCCCCCAGAGCCCGGGCAUGCUGUUCACCAUCCAGAACUUGAGCCAAAAGGGACGGCUGUCAGUGAACGGCUCAGUUCUGGGCUACCUGGAAAGGAUGGAUCUCCCAGACAAGGCCCUGAUCCGAUUCGGAGAGUAUGAGAUGCUGAUCAUCCGUGAGUCUGGCGAGGCCAAGGGGAGCUUUGAGGUGGAAUUUGAGGUGCUGACAGUGCCUCCGUCCAGAGAGACAUGCAUGUGCAUGCCUAGUAUGACGCCUGUCAUGGACACAGGCUCAUAUGUGAUCAACAGUUCCCCAGGUGACCCCAGAAUAAUUGGACCCCUUGAGACAGAUGAGACCAUCAUGUGUCAUUCAUGAUGUGACUUUUUACUUUUCUACUGACUUGCAUUUGAAGGCAACACAAAUUACUGUGUAGUUGUUACAUUAGAGUCAAAACAGGCUUGGACUGGAACCCUCUUUGCAAUGUGAAAUCAUAGUAGUAUUUUGUACCCUGUAUCUGUUACUUCAUGUUUGUAGAUUAAAAAGCUGUGAUCUUAAAACUUUAACAUUAUUCAGCUACUUUUAACGUGUAAAUGCUAUAAAGUAUUAAAGCUAAUUGUUUGUACAUUUUUAA